CAACUCAGAGGCAGGUAAUACUUGCCUCUGCCUUCUGAGUGCUGGAGUUAAAGGCAUAAGCCAAUAUAACCAGUUUAUCCAUCUUAUUUUUCUUUUUUAUAGUUAGUUUUUCAUACAAUUUCUUUACAUGUAUUCUGUACUGUUGAUCUGUUUACUAUUCUCUCGAUGUUUGUUAGUAGAUAUUUCUCUUCCAAGGUGAUAUCCCAUUUAAGGGUACAGAAAUGACAGAGGUAACCCUCCAGUUUACUUCUAAAGUGACUUGAAUGCUGUGACCUAUGAUGAUGUGCAUGUCAACUUCACUUGGGAAGAAUGGAGUUUGCUGGAUCCUUCCCAGAAGAAUCUCUACAAAGACGUGAUGCUGGAGACCUACAGAAACCUCAGUUCUAUUGGAUACAGUUGGGAAGACCAUAAUAAUGAAGAACAUUGUCAGAGUUCUAGAAAACAUUCAAGGCUUGAAAGAAGUCAAACUGAAGAAAAACCUUCUGUAUAUACUAAAUGUGUUAAAGCCUUUGCCUAUGACAGUCAUUUUCAAUGGAAUGAAAGAGCACAUACUGGAAAGAAACCCUCUGAGUGUAAUCAAUGUGGUAAAGGCUUUGUAGAUCUCAGUACUCUCCAAAGACAUAAAAGAAUACAUGCUGGAGAGAAACCGUAUGAAUGUGACCAGUGUGGUAAAGCCUUUGCACGUUACAGUAAUCUUCUAAUGCAUAAAAGAACACAUACUGGAGAGAAACCAUAUAAAUGUGAUCAGUGUGGUAAAGCCUUUGCACGUUACAGUCAUCUUCUAAUGCAUGAAAGAAUACAUACUGGAGAGAAACCCUAUGAAUGUAAUCAGUGUGGUACAGCCUUUACAUUUCACAGUUCUCUUCAACGGCAUGAAAGAACACAUACUGGAGAGAAACCCUAUGGAUGUAUUGAAUGUGGUAAAGCAUUUUCACAACUCAGUAAUCUUCAAAUGCAUGAACGAACACAUACUGGAGAGAAACCUUAUGAAUGUAAUCAGUGCGGUAAGGCUUUUGCUCAUCUUGGUCAUCUUCAACGACAUGAAAGAAUACAUACUGGAGAGAAACCCUAUGAUUGUAUUCAGUGUGGUAAAGCCUUUGCACAUCUCAAUACUCUUCAAAUGCAUAAAAGAGCACAUACUGGAGAGAAACCAUAUGAAUGUGAUCAGUGUGGUAAAGCCUUUGCACAGCACAGUCAACUUCUACUUCAUAAAAGAACACAUACGGGAGAGAAACCCUAUGAAUGUAAUCUAUGUGGUAAAUCCUAUGCACAUCUUAGUAGUCUUCAAAUGCAUGAAAGAACACAUACUGGAGAGAAACCAUAUGAAUGUAAUCAGUGUGGUAAAGCUUUUACAAGUCAGAGUUAUUUCCGAAUACAUAUAAGGACACAUUCUGGAGAAAAACCCUAUGAAUGUAAUCAGUGUGGUAAAGCCUUUGCAUGUCACAAAAGUCUUCAAAGGCAUGAAAGAACACAUACUGGUGAGAAACCCUAUGAAUGUAUUCAGUGUGGUAAAGCCUUUGCACAUCUCAGUACUCUUCAGAUACAUAAAAGAGCACAUACUGGAGAGAAACCCUAUGAAUGUAAUCAGUGUGGUAAAGCCUUUGCACGUCCCAGUCAUCUUCAAAUGCAUGACAGAACACAUACUGGAGAGAAACCCUAUGAAUGUAAUCAGUGUGGUAAAGCCUUUGCACAGCACGGUCAUCUUCAAAUGCAUAAAAGAACCCAUACUGGAGAGAAACCCUAUAAAUGUAAUCAGUGUGGUAAAGCCUUUGCAUGCAUCAGUAGUCUUCAAAAUCAUGAGAAAAAAUCAUACUGCAGAGAAACCAUAUAAAUGUUGUUAGUGUGGUAAGGUUUUGCACUUUAUUCAGGAGUAAAAGUUUUUGUGUGCAAUCAAUCUGUUAAAGCCUUUGCAUAUUGCAGUAAUCAUAUAAAAAACUAAUAUUGAAAAUCUUUUUGCUAUAAAGUAUUUGGUAAGAUCUUUAGCCAACUCACAUAUAUUCAGUUACACAAGAGUAUUCUGGAAAAGAGAUUUUGACAGUGUCACCAACCUGUUCAAGUAUUAUUACGUCUGUCUCUAUUUUGUUUGCCAACUCCAUGGAACAAAAGCCCUAUGAGUUUAAAUAGGUAACUGUAGCAAUAUUUUGUUUAUGAUCUAACAAAUAAAACUUGCCUGAAGAUCAGGGUGCAAAACUAGCCACAUUAGUUAGCUAUAGAGGCCAGGCAGUGGUGGUUUAUAUGUUUAAUCCCAGACAGAGGCAGAUGGAUCUCUGUUGGCUCAAGGCCAUCCUGAGCUACAUGAAAUUAAUCCAGUCUAAAAGAAAAACAAAGCUCACACAAAGGUAAUCUCAGCAUUUGGGAUUCCACACUAGGGAGUUGAAGCCAGGAGUGAUAUGAUUGGGCAGAGAGAGGAAUAUAAGGUGGGAGGAGAUGGGAGCUCAGUGGAGUCUGAGGAGCUUUGCAGUCUUAAGACAAGAUAACCACUUCCAUCUGAGCAUUGGUAGAGGUGAGAACUCUGGUGUGCUUUUGUCAUCUUCAGCUUUACCUCAAUAUUUGUCUCUGGGUUUUUAUUAUUAAUAAUGACUAGAAUUUGUGCUAAAUCUGGUUCCCAACUUUUGGGGUACAGCCAUUUGCCUGUGGCUUUGCAGCCACCAGUAUAGGUCGAAGUACAUACAGUUAGAGUCACUACCCUACCAGCUGUUUCCUUUCUUCUCUCCUGUUGGGCUUUUCCUGAAACCCCUCUUGGGAUGUUGCCAAACUAAAUACCUGCCUUGAAAUUUGGUCAGACUUUUGUUGUACAUAGCAGCAGUCAGCCUCAUGUCAUAAUUAUUAUUGUUGGCACAUUUGGUGAGAAAAUUGGGAAUUCUUGAAGGAAUCAGGUAAAAGUUUUUUCCCCCACUUUAAAAAUUAGGAAACACUAUUACAAUGGAGAGUUAGGUCUCUGUAUGAUUACACAAUGGAUGGUUGAAAAAUAGAACAAUUAGAUGAAGAAAUUUGGGAAGGGAUGGAGAGAACAAGGAAGGGGGGAGUGAUAUAUUUUAAUUAAAAUCUAUAAAAAAUAAGUUUUAAAUUAAAAGCGUGGCUUGAGAGAUAGCAAUUAAGAGCACUGGACUCGGGAUAUAUUGCCAGAGACAAUGGUUUCUAAUCAUCUCCUAUAACUCCAGUUCCAAGAAUAUGAUUUCCUCUUCUGGCCUCUGCAGGUACUGCACACAGACAGACAUGUACAGGCAAACACUCAUAUACAUAAAAUAAAGCUUAAAAAUGAAAUUUUGUACAGUAAUGUCACAGCUUGAGCAAACAACAGUCAGGGCUGGUUAAAAUGAGCCCUUUCUGGUCCUUACUAGAAGCAGCUGUGGCCUUUGAGCCUGCUUGCUUAGAAGUAAAAAAAGCCUUCCUUAAUCUGAAGUUAGAAUAGGCAGAAUAGUUGUUCAUUUAAAAAUAUCAUUCAGUGUGGAAAGGAGACCCUUCCAUUUUUUUUGUAUUUGUGUUCUAUAUCCUUUGUAUGUGUGAAGGUUGUAGCGUUGAUACUUCUUUCAAAUGUACCUUUAGAGCAUGCACUAUGAUCUAUUUAUCUUUUAGAUCAUACAUAAUACAUUUAUAUUUAGAUCAUAAUGCAUGAUCUAAAAGAGAGUUUUGCUCUGUAAAUACACUCCAUCUGCCUAAGUGAUUAGAUUUGCAUUCUCUUCUCUCUUUUUAAAUUGUUCAAAGUGUAACCUCAGGCAUGAACCUAAAAGAGGCUUAAGAAUGAUAACAUAUGUGGAAUGCAAAAUCUGUGCCAGGCUGCCUCUUUUAGCAUUAAAUACCCCUGGAUGCACUGUUAUUAAAGAAAUUUUUGCUUAUUAAACUUUUAAAUGUGUGGAAUGAUUUGUCCAUGGCAAAGCACAUUAAUUCUAGACCAAUAGUACCUCUAGCCUUAUAGAACAAUGUUUAUGAGACUUUUUUAUUUUUGUUUUUUUGAGACAGGAUUUCUCUGUGUAAAAGCCCUAGCAGUCCUGGAACUAGCUCUUAUAGACCAGGCUGGUCUCAAACUUAGAUCUGCCUACCUCUGCAUCCUAAGUGCUGGAAUUAAAGGCUUGUGCCACUACCACCCAGCAAGACAAAAUUUCUUAUGUAGGAUCAGGUAGCCUUGUUCCCACAUAAGGAUCAUGUUGUGAUUAAACCAACUAAAUUCUUAGAUUAAAGACCUCAACCACCACUAAGUUUUAAAAUUACAAAUUUGAAUCACAUAGUCAACUGUCCAUUUCAGUAGGAGGAAAAGAAUUUGUGUGUAGACAUGGCUUCUGCCUUCAGACCAGAAUGGAAGGAAUAGUUUAUUGUGUACACUGUAGGAGGAAGCAGAGUAGGCAAACAGCUGCUGAAGUCACUGUGAUAAAAUAGGAUCUGAUUGUAGCAGGAUCAGUGAUUUUGUAAUUUCCCAGCAUACAUAGAUAGAUCCAUGUCAUGUGAAUGAAGGCAGGCCAAAUUUUGGAUGUACAAUUUGGGAAAGUUAGCUUGAGCCAAUGAAUAUUGAAUUUCUAACAAGGGAACUCAGAUAUCUUCAAUCCUACUUGUCAUAGUUACAUCUCUUAGCUGUAGUUGUGUGUGUCAGGAUCUCGACAGAUAACAUUGCACGAAGCGGCAUGGUGAAAUAAUAUGAAUGCCAUUCCCUGCCAGAGGCCAUGGGAGUAUACAGAAGAUUGUGGGUGACAACUAAUAUUCAACAAGUCAACCCAUCAGAUGAAUAACCGUGGGGCCACUGACAGUGAAUCUGUUUCUGUCAUGUGCCAUUACAUUUCUUCCCUAAAAACAGUUACAAGUACUUUCCCCACUGUCUAUGUGUUUAUCUCAUAAAUAUAUUCCAUCUAUUGGGCAUACAUAUAUCUGUGAAUGGUUAGAAAGAUGAUUUCUCCUUAAGCUGUAUAAUUUUGAUGAAUGAAAAUAACACUGGGAUAUUUUUCAUAGUUCAGACUAAUAGGAAAAUAACAAUAUUCUCAGUUAGAAAGACAACUUUUUACACCAUUACCUGAUUUAAGACCUCAAAAGCAAUUCAAAGUAAACUAGUUGCCCUUUGGAGAUGAAUUACACAAGGACAAGUUCCCAAGUGUCUUUUUGUUGAAUUAAGUUCAGGCACAAACCGACUUUAGUAGACAUAAUUCUCUCAGCAAUCGACUCUGCAUGCAUUCCUAACCACUCAAGGUUCAGAAACUGUUUAUUGUUUAAGUCCUGUAUUUCAAUGUCACUCUCCAUGAUGUCUCUCAGGCUUCAUACCUCCCACCUGCACAACCGCACAUUGUCAUGGUUGCUGAUUGGCUGGUCAGUGUGACAUCCCUAGCCUGUGAGAAACUGAUUUAAAGCAGAGGUCUUCUAAAGUUGUAGACCAGGAUAUGGAGCCAAGGGUUGGGGUGGGGAAUUGUGUGCAGGUCUGGGAUUUUGGGGCAGGCUUAAAUGGGUUUAGUGGGCAGUGGAUAGUGUCUUCCCUGGGGUUCCUAGAAGCAGACUCACUUCCUGUAAGACUGCCAGGGCUGUAGGCCCUAGUUUGAAAUUCAAGGGAGGGUAUGCUGCCUGGUGUCACUAGGUCAGCUUUAAGAAGUGUUAGCUGACUAUGAGCAAUGUCUUACCUGGUUCCUUAACCUUUCCUGGUCUCUGAAAUAGUCAAGUUUGUUUUGUUUUGUUUUGUUUUUUUUAAGUAGUAGGCUAGUGUAUGGGAUCCAGGGACAGUUGCUGUCCGGAGUUGUUGGAUAGGCUUAAAAGGGUUUAGUGGUGGGUAGGGUGGGCAGUGUCUUCCCUGGGGUCCUGAAGACCACUCUGAUCUCUGGUACUUCUGUGGGCUGUGGGCUGUGGGCCCUAGGGUGGAGCCAGGGUAAAAAAGUGCAGUCUGGGGUUGCUGGGUGGGCUUUAAGGAGUGUUAGUGGGUAGUGUCUUACCUAGGGUCCCUAGAUCCAGUCUGGCAUCUGGUAGAGCAGAAGUCUUCAAAAGUUUUAGACCAGGAUAUAUAGCCAGGGGUAGGGGGAUGGGUCUGAUCUCCAAAAUAUACAAAAAACUGAAAAAAUUUGCCAUCAAAAGAACAAAUAAUCCAAUAAAUAAUGGA